CGGGUCGUGCGCCUCCCGCCUGGGGGCUUUAGUGCGAGCUCGGGCCGAGCUUUCCUGGGCUCUUUUGUGCUGAUGAGAGUGGCUAGGGGAGGCUGUUCUUGGCGGUGAAGGAUGGCUUGGGGUGACGCCGUAGCUAAGGAGGCGGGCAGGCAGUAGCAGGUGGUGGUGGAACGGACCAGAUCGGCGAGACUUCUCUCUCUGCUGGAUUCUCUUAACUUUUCAUUAACAACGUGAGAGGUGGGAAUGAGAGCUGAAUCUCUAGGCGGUACAAACUUCGGAAGGCCUGCCAGUACAAAAUAGUUAAGAAUAUCCACCCCAAGUAGAUAGAUGACUUUCGCGGUUAUUUCACCAAUAGCAACAUCAGCACUCUGACUGAUGAGUCCAUGGAUCCAUCCAGCUCAGAGCUUGUUGGACGAUGGAGAUGCUGAGGCUUUCCAAAUAACAGCAGCAUACCAGGCAUCAGAAGUUUUUCCAUUCGUUUUUCUUCCAGUCCAGAGGCUGAUCAUAUACCUAUUGACGGUGAUACUGAAAACGACUUGGAAGUUGGAUCAGGAGCCACCAAUGAGACUGGAUUAUUCCUACAUGAACAACGAAUGAUGUCAGUUCAAACAGCAAGAUACCUCACUAGUCCGUGGCUGACCCGUUUUGUUCCUUCAGUUUACACCCUAGUGCUUGUGCUGAGUCUCCCUCUGAACAUUACAGCCAUACUUGUGUUUCUGAAAAAGAUGAAAAUCGAAAAGCCAGCUGUGAUAUACAUGCUGAAUUUGGCCCUUGCAGAUGUUCUCUUUGUAAGUGUGCUUCCAUUUAAGAUUGUCUAUCACUUUUCUGGAAAUGACUGGGUUUUUGGGCCUCAGAUGUGCCGUUUCAUCACUGCUGCCUUCUUCUGCAACAUGUACUGCUCAAUAAUGCUUAUGACUAGCAUAAGCUUUGAUCGCUUCUUAGCAGUGGUGUACCCCAUGCAGUCCCUGGGGUGGCGUACACUGCCUCGUGCCUCACUGGUUUGUUUCAUCAUAUGGCUUGUAGCGAUAACCGGAGUUAUCCCUUUUCUCUUACGAGAGCAAACAAUGGAAAUACCCAGGCUAAACAUAACUACCUGCCACGAUGUGCUGAGAGAAUCCGAACUUCAUGGCUAUUACCUCCACUUCUUCUCUGUCUUCUCUUCUGUGUUUUUCAUAGUGCCAUUUAUAAUUUCUACUGUCUGUUAUGUGUGUAUCAUUCGCUGUCUUAGUUCUUCCAACAUUGUUGCAAAGCAGAACAAGAAGACACGUGCCUUGCUCUUGUGUGUGGCUGUUUUUUCUGUUUUCGUUAUUUGCUUUGGACCCACAAAUAUUCUCCUCUUAAUUCAUUAUAUCCAUUUUUCAUAUGACAACAGCUUAGAGUAUCUCUACUUUGCCUAUCUACUCUGUGUUUCUAUCAGCAGCAUUAGCUGCUGCAUUGACCCCUUUAUUUACUACUAUGCUUCUUCUCAGUAUCAGAGACAAUUUUUCAGUCUCUUCAAUUGUAAAAAGACUUUUGAUCCUAACAGCAGUAACAGCAGUGGCCAGUUGAUGUCUAUUCCUAGUAGUAGAAGGGCUACGUUGACUACUAAUGUGAAUAACAGUGUCUACAGGAAAUUACUAGCAAUCCAUUGAGAUAAUGUAUCUUAUAAGUGUUUAAUUUUUACACAGUUGCAGACAAAGACUGUUAUAUCCAAGGAAUGCAAAACCUUAAACCAAGUUGCUGUACAAUACAUACAAUGAAUCUAUGAAUGAAUCCAUGAAUCCAAUGUAGUAAUACACAAUUCAAAUUAAAGCUCUGUAUGUGUGUGUGCAUAGAUAUAUGUAUAAAUAUGUAUAGUAUAUGUAAAUACGUUAAUGUAGAGGGGAAAAAUAAUUUCUUAAUAAUAGUUGUUAAGUGUUUUUCAAAUAAACCUUUUUCAGACAAA